AUGCUGGCGUUGAAUACUGUGGACUUCGCAGACGUCGCAGAUAUCGUGAGCGAUACCUGGGCUCUAGAAGACAAGGAGGAGCAGAAGCGUCGACUGCAUCGCAUCGAAAUGGUCAAGUUCCGACGCAAGAGGAAGGCCAAGCAAGAUGAUUUACGUGGUGAAUGUCGGCGACUGGAGAAGCACGCGAAGCAAGUUGCAGCCAGCGUGAGAGCUCUAGCUAGCCGUAACGCUGGCUCCAGCACUCGUGUCAAUAUUUUGCGUGAGCUAUUCGUCGAGAUUGAAGACCUUCGGCAACAGAAUGGGGCUCUUCGCAAGCAAGUCAGUCUCCACACCGCCUUUAAGCAAGUCCUAAUAGAGGCUGAACAAGACAACGCUCAACAAGACGAGUCCCUUUUACCGUCAACCGACGAGCAUUCAGGAUGGCGUGUUCGUUUUCCCAGUGGUGAACCGAGCUUCCACUUCCAUCCGUUCACUCGUGAUGCGUUUGAUUCCAUCAUGGACGCGUGCACCUCUUCAUUGGAGGCAGAGCCUACUGUCAACUUGGGUGGAGAGUUUCUCGGAUGGAAUGUGCUCCAGGCGACGGCCAGUUCCACUGUAGAGGAUCACUCGCUUGUUGCCAAGUCGAGAUUUACGAAGCGAAUUCGAUGUUCUUUGCUUGAAGUGGACGACGUGAUGAGUAAGGAGGACCGAAAUUCAUGGCCUCUAAUUGUUACUCCAAUGGACUGGAGCGGCGUCAUGGGACGAGCUAGUGUUCAAGUGUUGCAAGAAUUUGACGACAACACGUGCGUACUGGUGCACAAUGCUCAAGGUAGCAUAAACCUACGGUAUAUUUGUCUUGUCCGACGUCAUCGAUGGACAGAACGAGAGGGAAAGCGUGUGAUCACGUACACGAUGAGAGUUGCAGACUCCGACUCCAAUAAGCGCAGCCGCUUGGCAGAAGCGGAUGAGGACGAGGUGCAGUGGAUCACGGAAGGUGGAGCGCAACUGACUAUUGCAGAAGUAGACGGCAGGACUGUUGACGUUGUGUACGAUCACUGGGGAGGGUGCGAAAGCGAAUUGCAUGCCCAGUAUUUGUUCGUGCAGUGGGCCCACUAUGCUCUGCGCUGGGAGCAAAUGGUGCUUCCAUCCAACCUGCUCCCAGCGGAAGGAGCAAUUUAGUUGUAUGAUAAUAUGUAUAUAUAUACUACAUACGGAAUGAUGUUAAAGAG